AUGCCGCUAAUGAGUCCAGCUCUGAUCGCUCAUGAGCAGAGCUGCUCCUCGUCCUCCUCCCCCUCCUCGACCGGUCUCCGACGGAGGGACGGUGAGAGGAUUAAAAUUAGCGUCGUCACUUCGUGGUUUUCACUUCGGCAUUUCCCCUUCUCUCGCUCCAGACUCGAGCUGAGAUCGGAGAAUGGAUCUUGCUCUUUGUUUUCUGCCAUCUCCCGUUCUCGCUCUCUGCUCCUGGUGUUUCAUGUGCGUAGGAUAUUCAAUGCGCAUGCGGCAUUCCAUGCACACGUUGAUUUUCAGAAUGGCGAGGCAGAUCUUCACGUGCCGAAGUUGAGCCCGAGGUCGACGGUUUCACCGAUUUUCAAGGUCGCGAAUGUCGAGUCCGCGAGUGGGGAUGGUGGGUCUGAGGCCUUCACGUUUGCAGCUCCGGCGCGGCGGAAGCUGUGGAAGCGGAAUUAUCGGGAUCCCCGAGGGAGGAAUAAUGGGAUUUCCGGAAUUUUCGAUUUUCAAUUAUCGAAAUUUCGAAAAGAGCUUCGUCGCGCACGAAGGGCCGGGUUCUAUGGAGCAAUUCGCAUCGAAAUUGGAGGUACGAGCUCAGGAGGCAAGAAUUUCAGUUCAGCAGGCGUUCCAGGCGUACCUCUAGUGUUCAGACUAUUACCCCGAUCAUCAGUCGAGAAAUAUCCCUGCAGCGAAAUCGAUGAGCAGCGAGAGAGACGAGGCAGAGAGAAGGUGGUGGUUCCCCGCAACAAGCAAUUCAUUACGUUUCGUGAUGAAGACCAGAAGCGGACAAUUAUAGCGUGGAACGCGACAGCGGCCACGAGAAUGAAACCGGAUGAUGACGAUGCAAAGCCAUUAGUCUCGUGCUUGAUUCAGGGAUCGAUCUACUUCAUCUUCGGAAAUGGCCGGACCUUGUGUCAGGCUUGCACGCUGUCGAUCAUCGCGAAGAAGUUCGGUGCUGUAGCUGCGCAGCAGAAUCAAUCGUCCGAUGAAGAACCGGAGUUCGUGUUCAUCGGAUGCUACGUGAAUGUGGAAAGAUCGAUCAACGGCCCCGGGGUUAAUUCAACUCGUCUGGUACCGUGGUCGAAGAACCUCACCGUCGAUGAAGUCGAACCACAUCUGGGUCAGAACUACGUCAAUGGCAUGCAGUAG